UCGUGUUGUAUCGCGAGAGUUGAACGAGAGCAGGAGCUCAGCAGCAGCUAGCAGCGAGCUAGCAGCAAGCUAACCGUCUGAUCAGUUCAUAUCACCGGAAAGAGAGACCAUGAGCUGGACCCGGACCCCCCGGUGAAUCCUGUACCCCCUGAGAGUCCCUUUGAGUCCUCAUGGACCCAAACACGAAGACCUGUUCCCCCCCGGAGGAGGGCGAGCUCGAGGACGGAGAGAUCUGCGACGAUGAGGCCGAGGACAGUGUUCCGAUCCGACGGGGGGAGGGGAGCAGGCCCCGCGGCGGGGCUCCAGCCCGGCCCCGGAACCCUCACCCGCACCCGGGCCUCCCUCCUCCGGACCUCCGCCUCCGGCUGCCCUACAGCCGGGGACACUUCCCCCCCAUCCACCGGCAGCAGUGCGGCCCGAGCGGGCCCGAACGGCCAGACCGGCCUCCCUCUCCUCCCCCCCCGCUGCUCCCCCCUCCGGGACUCGGUCCUCAUGGAGAGCCGAGCCCGAGGAGCAACUUCUGGGAGCGGAGCCACGGGGCCCUGGGCCGGUUCAGACACCGGGGCAUGCCUAAUGGGAGCCGGGGGAACUGGAACCGAGGGAACCGGGGGAACUUCAGAGGCCCCCCCGGCCGGUACGGACCCGGAGAGAUCCACCAGAGAGAGUCCCCAAGAGGGUCCCCCCUCAGGAAGCAGAAACCUGCUGGGAGGACUCAGGUAAGGAAACCGGUCCACAGUGUCUCCAAAGCGGACUCUGUGGUGGACGAGUCCUUCGAAGACCUGCUCUCUAAGUAUAAACAGAUCCAGCUGGAGCUCGAGUGCAUUCGCAAAGAGGAGUCCUUGGUUCUUGAUCCUGAGGCGUCCCCCGUCAGAGACCACAUAUCAAACACUGCCAGUAUUACAGAGACCAAACCAGACCCAGACCCAGCAGGACCAGAGGAACCGUCUGACUUGGACUCGGCUGACAAGAAAGUGUUCCAGGCGUUCAACAUCAAACCGCUCCGUCAGAAACUCCCCACCCCCUCAGACCUGGACCAGCUGAGGAAGCAGUGGGCGGAGCAACACAAAGCAGGAGGCGGGGCCGAGAAGGAGGGUGAAGAAGAGGAGGCAGCAGAGGGAGAGCAGAGAGUGGAGGAAGAGACAGAGGAGACGAGGAAGACAAGUCCGUGUAUUAGAGAGCCCAACCAGGACUCCACCGUCCCCCCAGACAAGUGUGUGUGUUGUGAUAAGCUGGUGGAGGAGAAGAAGAAGACGAGUCCGUGUGUUGGAGAGACGUCCGCCUCCAACGAUGACACCGUCACUCCAAACAAGUGUGUGUGCUGUGAAAAGUUGGAGGAGAAGAAGACGAGUCUCUGUGUCAGAGAGUCAUCAGCGUCCAGCGAGGACUCGGCUGUCUCCCCAGACAAGCCCCAGGUCCGGGUGGAGGAGGAGGACCUGUCGGAGCUGCAGCUGCGUCUCCUGGCUCUGCAGUCGGCGAGUAAGAAGUGGCAGCAGAAGGAGCUGCAGGUGAUGAAGAGGAGCAAAGACCGGAUCACCAAGGCGGUCCAAGACAAGACUACUGGACCAGGACAAACACCAGGGCCUGGACAAAAACCUGGACCAGGACAAAAAUCUGGACCAGGACAAAAAACAGGGCCUGGACAAAAACCUGGACCAGGACAAAAACCUGGACCGGGACAAAAAUCUGGACCGGGACAAAAAUCUGGAGUAGGCCCAGGACCGGGACAGGCUCCACCCAGCAGGCAGAGAGUCACCACCCGGUCCGCCUCCUUAUCCGCUGCUGCUGCUGCUGCUGCAGAGCGGAGCAGAACCAGGUCCAAACCUCUUACUGACAGAGACCGUGACAGAACCAAGACCAGUGGGCCCAGAAGUGCAGACAGGGACAGAGACAGAUCCAAACCCAGUCCCAAACCCAGUCCCAAGCCCAGUCCUAAACCCAGUCCUCAAGCUGGUCCCCGAGCUGCAGCAGAGCGCGGCAGAGCUGCAGGGAAAACUCACGCAGGGAAGAAGAUGAUCAGUCCAGGCUCGGCGGCGAAGCAGGCGUUCAGGAAGCAGCAGGUGAGGACGUGGAAGCAGCAGAGGGAGCAGGAGGAGAAGCGAUGGCAGGAGGAGGAAGAGGAGCGGCGUAAACGAGAAGACGAGAUCCGCCGCAUCCGAGAUCUGUCCAAUCAGGACGAGCAGUACAACCGCUUCAUGAAGCUGGUGGGGGGGCGGAGCCGGACCAGGAGCAAGUCCAGGGAGCGGGACCACAGGAAGUCUUCAGGUAAACAGGGUCUGGACUCCUCGGGGAACCUCUACCAGUACGACAACUACGACGAGGUUGCCAUGGAUACGGACAGCGAGCCCAGCUCACCAGCGGCGUCUCCGUCCCGCCUGCCGCUCUCCGAGGACGCAGGAAGUCUCGCUCAGCUGUUCGUGAACGCCCCCCCACACUUUGGAAUGGACUUCUCUCAGCCCUUCCUGUCCCCCCUGGUCUCUGGUGCUCCUCCCCCCCUUCCCCCUCUCCCCCCUCCCCCUGACGAUCUGGAGCCUCCUCCCAAACCUCCGUUUGCUGAUGAAGAGGAGGAGGAGGAGAUGCUGCUGAGGGAGACGUGUCUGAUGUCCAUGGCCAACAAGAGAGUCCCAUUCGCUGAGGAGACCAGCUCCAGUGCUCCUCCGUCCCCCGGUGGUCCGCCUCCCGUAGGGGUCCAGGCCCCCCCCAGAGGAAACCUGAGCACCGUCAGUCUGAACACGGUGCCCCCAACACGGACCAACAAGUUCACCAGGGGACACCCCAACAACAGAGCGCCCCUGGUGCUUCCUCGCCAUAAGUCCGUGGUGGUCUCUCUGGUGGACUCUGAUGACAGCGACUCGGACCCGGACCCUGGCAGCUCCUCUCAGUCUGCGUUUGGAGGUCUGGAGUUUAUGAUCAAAGAGGCUCGCAGGACGGUGGAGGCAGCAAAGCCCAAAGCAGCUUCAGGAUCAGAGAAGGAGAACAACCCUCUCCGGACUCCGGAGGCUCUGCCCGAGAACAAGAAGGCGGAGUACCGUCUGCUCAGAGAGGAGAUCAACAGCAGGGAGAAACAGAGGCUGCUGAAGGACCUCAGCACCGGACCCCGAGCAGCUGACCCGGGGACCGAUCCAUCUCUGAGGUCUGCUGCAGAGCUGAGACUGAGCGAGGCCGAGCAGAGGCUCAACAAACACAGAGAGCUGCUGCAGAGGGACGAGGCCGUGCUCAGACACCUCCUCCAGCAGGAGCUGAAGAAGAGAGAGUCUCUGAAGGCGGCCGAGGGGAAGGUGCUGAGACUCAGGGAGCAGCUGCAGGCGUCAGAGAAGAUCGUCAGCGCCAACAGGACUCUGCUGAAGAAGCUGCAGGAGCAGGUGCACCGUGUGGAACACCGGGUGUCCCUGAAGAAGGGUGUAGCUGUGCGGCUGGAGCAGGAGCUGGCUCAUGCUCAGCUGGCUGCAGGCCGAGGACCCAAACGCAGAGCGGACCCCAACCAGAUCCUGCCAGGUAAGCUGCCCCGCGUGGACAGCGCCCCCCGCGGGUCGGAGCGACACUUUGCGGAGCUGAUCGCUCAGAAGCAGCGCCUGCAGCAGCUGGAGUCCGAGUACGCUCUGAAGAUCCAGAAACUGAAGGAGGCUCAGGCCCUGCACCACCGAGGAGUCACAGCGGACCUCCUCCCUGAGCCUCCCCUACGAGCCUCCCCCCCCCCUGAACCCCAGCCCCCUCCUCCCCCCUCCACCUUCCCCGUGCCCCAGCCCUCCCUACACGACCUCACCCAGGACAAACUCACCCUGGACAGUGAGGACCCCCCUGAGGGGGAGGACCAGGAGUCAGAGUCUGCUCCUCCAACUGCAGCUACACCUGCUGCUGCUGCUGCUGCUGCUGCUAAACCCCCCCGCAGACGCUCCCUCCGUCAGUCCAGCUGCUCCUUCACCAAACCAAACCUGGAGCAGCUCAGCUCCACCCCCGGCAAAGACGGCACCACCUCUAAGACCACCAAGACCUCCGGCAGCCCCAGCAGCUCCGCCCCUCCCAUGGAGGUGUUUGCAGGUCUGGACCUGGAGGCUGUGCGGCUCAGGUACCAGCAGCAGGCCCGGCUCGGGGAGCUGCUGAGCAGAGAGCUGCACAACGUGAGAGGACGUGUGGACGACCCUCCACCUGGACAGGUGGUUUCCGUGGAGAUCGACGCAUCCACGAGCCAAUCAGGGAGCAGCGAGCUGAGGCCGGUUCCCUUUGAGCCGUAUCACAGCCCACUGCUGGUCUUCAGGUCGUACAGGUUCAGUCCGUAUUACAGGACGAAGGAGAAGCUUCCUCUGAGCUCGGUGACCUACAGUAACACCAUCGAGCCGUCAAAGUGUUUCUGUCGCUUCGACCUCACAGGAAGCUGUAACGAUGACCACUGCAGCUGGCAGCACAUGAGGAACUGCACGCUGACAGGAAACCAGCUGUUCCAGGACAUCCUGUCGUAUAACCUGCAGCUGAUUGGCUGCUCUGAGACCAGCUCGGACCAGGACGUGGGUGCAGCCACAGAGCGCUACAUGAAGAAGCUGUUUGGACCAAACAAAGACCGGAUGGGCGUCGACCAGAAGGCCGUCCUGCUGGUCAGCAAAGUGAACGAGAGUAAACGUCACGUCCCCCCCUUCACCACCUGUAAGGACCUGAGGCGGUGGAGACCAAAGCCGUCCACUCAGAGCGUCUUCAUCACCGGGGACGACAGCGAGGAAGAGUCUGCAGGGAGAGACCCGCCGGCUCGAGGGCACGAGGACGGCUCCAGGACCAACCUGUCCUCUCUGGAUGUGUGUGUGACGUCAGAGGACCGGCGUUACUUCCUGAGUGAGACGGACGACCUGUGUAACCUGGAGAGCAGCGUGCUGGAGAACCCCAGAGACACCCAGCUGUGGAUCAAACUGGCCUUCAGAUACCUGAACCAGAGCGAGACGUCUGCAGCAGAGUGUCUGGAGGCGGCCCUGAACACCCUGUCCCGAGCUCUGGAGAGUAACUGUGAGAACCCGGAGGUGUGGAGUCACUACCUGCUGCUGUUCUCCAGGCGGGGCAGCAGGGAGGAGGUGCAGGAGAUGUGUGAGAUGGCCGUGGAGCACGCGCCGGACUACAGAGUCUGGUGGAACUACCUGACCCUGGAGGUGUCGUUUGAGGGGAAGGACUACGUGUGUGAACGUCUGCUGCAGUUCCUCCUCUCCUCCUCCUCCUCCUCCUCCUCCUCCUCCUCCUCCUCCUCCUCCUCGGACAGACUCUCCUUCCAGCUGAUGGAGGCGCUGCUCUACAGGGUGCAGCUCAACCUGUUCACCGGACGCAUGGAGAGUGCACUUGCUAUACUACAGGGCGCUCUGAAGUCAGCCAAUGAGAGGAGUGUAGCGGAUCACCUGAGCACCAGAGACCGGGCCCUGCUCUGGCUCUCCUACAUCCACCUGACGGAGUUCGACCGCCUCCCCUCGAGUCUGUGUGACCCGGCGGAGUCCGGUCCGUCUCGCCUGGUCAGCACCGAGUCCUUCCUGCUGCCCUGGAGGACGCCGCAGGACGUCAGCACGCCGCCCGACAUCCUCAUCGCUCUCUUCCAGGACGCCAUCCGUCAGUGCAGCGAGGAGUCGGCGUCUGACCGCCAGAGGACGCUGUCCUGCCUUCCUCUGCACACCAACCUCGUCUUCCUCCACUCGCUGCUCAGCAGGUGUGAUGAAGGUGUGUCUCUGUGUGAGUCUCUGCUGCGGUCCUGUCCCGAGUCGUGCGCCCUCAGAGACGCUCUGGCCGACCUCCACCUGCGGCGAGGAGACGCGGCUCAGGCCGUCAGCAUGUGGCUGCACGCCCUCGCAGAAUGUCCCGACAACGCCGAGGUCUUCUACCACUGCUGCAGGUUCCUCAUGGCACAGGAGAAGUCAAACGCCAUCGCUCCGCUGUUCAGAGGAUUCAUUCUGUCCCUGUGUGAGGACGAGACCAGCCAGAGGACACCUGUGGACGUGCUCAGACACAUCCUGGGGUUUCCCUCCGAGGACGUCCUGAGAGGUCCGAUCAUCAGAGAGCUUCAGGAGCAGCUCAGCCAGCAGACGCCUCACCUGCACCUCAUACACUGUCGUUGGCAGUGGCUGCACGGCUCGGAGGCGGACACUCAGGAGGCGUUUGAGCGAGCUCUGGGAUCGUCUCUGACUCUGGAGGAGCUGCACACUCUGUGGACGGAUUACCUGUUGUUCAGCAGCAGCCUGCAGGCCAGCAGCCCCUCCCACAGUCACUCCAAGCUGUUCUCAGACCUGGUCCAUCGCUGCCUGAGCACCGUCCCCUCCAGACUGGAGCUCCCCUUCAACCCUGCAGAGUUCUGGAGCUGCUACACCUUCCACAACAAGGUGGUCUCUCUCUACCUGAGCUGUCUGCCUCAGUCCCAGCAUGCACUGCUCCUGGAGAGACUCCGAUACUCCAUGCCCAACAACACUGAGCUGGGCCUCAGGUUGCUGCAGCAGGAGUGGAGGGAUGGGAACACGGAGCAGCUCAGGUUUCAGGCUCGCAUGCUGAGCAGCAACGCUCCCAAGUGUGUGUCCACCUGGAAGAUAGCGAUCGCUGUGGAGAGAGAGCAGAGAGAGAGAUCAGAGGUUCGUCUCCUCUACCAGCAGGCUCUCCAGAACCUUCCACUGAGCGCUGAGCUGUGGAAAGAUCGGCUGCUGUUUGAGGCGGCUGAAGGCGGCGGCGUGGAGGGCGUGGCCGUGGCGUUGUCGGAUGCGUGGGCGGAGCGUCUGCGGCGGCUGCUGCUCAGGUGUCAGCAGGUGGGCGUGAGUCUGAGUGAGCCGCUCAGCUUAGCAUCAGUGUGCUCAGUGACAGAGCGUCAGUGACUCAUUCAUUAUCAGUCAGUGGGUGGAGCUAAGAGCGUGGCCCCGCCCCCUCACUGGAGCUGCUUUAACUGGCCUUCGUGUACGUAAGUAUCACCUGCUGAGUGAUUUCUUUACUUCCUGUUUUGUUCUGUCACCUUCAUUUGGUUUCAUUUCCUCCCCGUUUGCUUUCUCCGAGGGGGGUUCUGACACCUCAUUGGCUGUUUGACCCCACCCCCACCCCUAAGCCCCGCCCCUCUGUGUGUGUUUAUGACGAUGUUCCCCCUGAAAUCUGCACGUUGUCUUUUCUUUGUCUCCUGAGGAAAAACAAGACUUUUAUUUUGUAAAAAAAACAAUCAGACUUUUUCAGUAUUGCUGUCGGAGUGAAGCCCCGCCCCCUCCUCUCUAUAAAGUAUUUUCUAUUUGGCUCUGUCCGAACAAAAAGAGAGAGAGAGAAAGACUACCGCAGAGACUGGACGGAGCUAACCAUGCUAACGUGGCUAACGUGCUGCAAACAUGUGCAAUCUGUUUUUUUUCUUUUUGUCAAAAUUCAAAAAUGAUUAAAGUUUUCACACGGAGAGGAGAA